ACUGAGGAGGAGGAAGGAUGGGGAGACGGCGACAUGAUAUGAGACUUCUUUUAGAGGAGAGUGAGUGAGAGAGAGAGAGGGAGAGAGAGAAGAACUAAGCCACUUUAUUUGCAAUUAUUCGUGAGCGUUGGAGUGCCGCGUUUUCCAACAAUUCGACAGUCGGCGGUUGCUUGUUGCCAAUGUCAGACCUUUAGACGCAUUCCAAGGAUCUUUCGGGACAAGCAAGACGGCUUUGGGUCCAUCCAGCAUCUCAUAUCACUCUCCAUUGGUUCUCAAGGAAGGGCCUCCGCCUCCGCCUUAGCCUCUUUCCUCUCUCUUCUCCCAACAACAAGAAGGAACUUGCUGCUUGUGUUCCAGUUUUUGCUCGAGGUGUUGUGACUUGUUUGACUAGCAAACCGUCAAUCCCUGUCGGUCUUACAUACAGUGAUCCCAAACUACGGUUCUUCCACGAAACAACCAACAGCAACCCCCACCCAAAAGAUCUUCCAAAUCCCUCUAAUGGAUACACGCCGCAUGCCCGAGUAUUCAGUGAGAAUUCGUUGUAGUGAAAACAUCCACUAGCCCACAAACUGGAGUCAUCACAAGUUUUGAUCUGAGUCCGCUUAAAAAGUGCAUGGAGAUUGGAGAAGUACUGAUUUUCAGUGUGCUUGACGAGAGAAGCCGGAUCGUUAGAAAACCAUCUAUUCAUCUUCAGUGCCAAGUAGACGGACUAGUUUCCAUUCACAAGCACAUGUGGUAGAAGACAAGCUUCGGCUUCGAGCUCUCAUUCUUCGACGUCGUCCUUUGGAGUUACUUUUGAGCAGCUAAAUCCUUCAAACAUCUCUGACCGUUUUCCAGACUGAAACAAGCCCCUUCAACGACUGCAGCGACGUCUUUUUCACUUCGACCCUGCUCUGCUUUGCUAUAUCACCAUCCAUUGCCACACAGGGCCAAACGAGAAGAAGAAAAAAACCAAGCCAGACAAAAAGGGACGACUGAAGGAGAGCCAGGAAGCCAGAAGAAAAAAUCCAAGCAUUAACUUCACUCCCCAUCAUUUGGCAUUAGGUGACAACAUUGGGGGUGAAUUCCUCCCUAGAAGCUGGUUUAAUUGCCCAGUAAAACAUGAGUCCAAGGAAUCCAACUUGCCCUGUUAUGAUCUAGAGGAGCUAGGAGGGUCUCCUAACCAGCCAGAGAGACCGGUAUUGUUACCAUUACCAAAGCUUUAAUUUGGGUGAUUUGAAACCAACCCCUGUUCCUCUGAAUGGUGCUUGUAGUCUCGAGUCCAACUCAUCACGGUGGCGAGCGUGUGGAGUGACUCGGUCUUUGGAAGCGCAGCUGCUGCCGCCGCAGCCGCAGCCGCUUCCACCGGUCGUCCCACGGCCGCAUCCACCCUUGGAACGCACCACCACCAUCACAUGGCAGCUGCUGCCGCAGCGACACAAGCAACAGGAAUGGCCAUGGGUAUGGCCGGGCCCCAUGCCCAAAUGCCCAACCAUCACCAUCAUGCAGCCAUGAUGCACGCCAAAAGACCUCUUGAAGACCCAAAUGUGGGUGUGGGAGUGGGCGGUGUGGGAGGUGUGGGUGAAGACCAAAGGCUAAAAUACGGACGAAUGGACACCGAAGAAACGGGUGGAAUGAGUGCUGACAAGGAGAAGUUUGCCCGUGAAAAUCAUUGUGAAAUCGAGAGGCGGCGUCGGAACAAGAUGUCCGCCUACAUCACUGAGUUGUCAGAUAUGGUUCCCACUUGUAAUGCUCUAGCCCGCAAGCCCGAUAAACUCACCAUCCUCCGCAUGGCCGUUGCACAUAUCAAGUCUCUCCGAGGCCUUUCCAGUACCCCUCCUCAAAACGAUGCCUCCUACAAACCCUCCUUCCUGACUGAUAAUGAACUCAAGCACCUCAUCCUGGAAGCUGCCGACGGGUUUCUAUUUGUGGUCUCUUGCGAUACUGGCAGAGUGAUAUAUGUGUCAGAUUCGGUGACGCCUGUGCUGCAUCACGCUCAAACAGAGUGGUUUGGCACCACAAUUUACGACCACAUCCAUCCGGAGGACUCGGACAAGGUCCGAGAGCAGCUUUCAACCUCAGACAGCCAAAACAAUGGCCGCAUCUUGGAUCUCAAGACUGGCACAGUCAAGAAGGAAGGUAGCCAAAGUUCCAUGCGCUUGUGCAUGGGUUCCCGUCGGGGAUUCAUUUGUCGAAUGCGUCUGGGCCAAGUCAGUCCCGAGUCCAUGGGCUACAUGAACAGAGUGCGGCACCGGAACGUCUUGGGAAUGAGUGAAACUGGUGAUAGCUACACGGUGGUCCAUUGUACGGGCUACAUCAAGAACUGGCCUCCGCAGGGAAUCCAGUUGGACCGCUCCCAAGAGGAGGAACUGCAUGGGAGCUCAUGUUGUCUCGUUGCCAUUGGCCGUCUCCAGGUCACAUCAAUGCCAAAUACGCAUGACUUGUCCGGUGCUGAGAGUGCCCUAGAGUUCGUGUCCCGUCACAAUGUUGAGGGCAAGUUCACCUUUGUCGACCAGCGUGUCAUUCACCUAAUGGGCUACAAUCCUAGAGAGCUCUUGGGGAAGUCUUGUUUUGAAUUUAUCCACAAUGAGGACCAAACCCAUAUGAAAGAGUCCUUUGAUCAGGUAGUCAAAAUGAAGGGUCAAGUCAUGAACUUUAUGUACCGAUUCCGAGCAAAGAAUAAUGAAUGGAUAUGGCUGCGUACAAACUCCUUUGCCUUCCUCAAUCCCUACACUGAUGACAUUGAGUACAUUGUAUGCACGAAUUCGACAGCCAAAACAGGAGCAGCCAGUUCCACCAUGACCAGUGCCGAUCCCAUCGUGGCUUCAGCCAGCAGUGGAGGAACGACCACCAAUGACUACCGUCAUACCCCCAAUUCGGGUCUGGAUUAUAGUCUCACAGGGGGAAGUGGGGGUGGGCGGCACCAGCAAGACAUCUAUUCCAGUCACAUGAGUCAGAGCCAGUCAGCCAAUCCCAGCGCCGCCUCUGCGGCCUUGGGUGCACCCCCUAACAACCAGCAACAGCAGCAACAAGUGGGACCACCCCCACCCCAGGCCACCCCGGUCUAUUCUUAUGACCAAACAUCAUCGCCUGUGGCUGCCUAUGGUUCGCCAGGUGUGCAGCCUGGUCGAGCUUCCGUGGGUAAGAACAGUGGCACGCCCACGCCUCCUCAGAGUGCGUGGACUCAACCAGUGACGGCCCCAGUGCCCGUGGUUCCAUCAAGUGACGCCUACCAUUAUAGUAACCUUAGUCCGAGUCGCUCCCCCGGCCUUUAUCGGACACCCACCCACUCAGCAGCCGCCAGUUCGAUGUGGCAUUGGCAGGCCACGGCGGGCAACGGCCAAGCCACGGGCCUUGAACUCGGUCACCACCUCAACCCUCACCCUCAUGAGCAGCAUCAAUUAGGUGAUAUGCUCCACGUUCUCGGACAUCACGGGGCCAUGGCCCACUCGACGGCGGCCGGCAUUCCUCCUCCCACCCAUCACGGUUUUGAAAACCUGGGUGGGAUGUUCACCGGUCAAUAUCAAUAGUGAAUACUUGUGAAAACACUCUCUCACACACACACACACACACUUACGUGAGAGAAAAAAACCAACCCGAGAACGAAAAGGAGACAUCUGACUUGAGUUGGGCGCCUCCUCGCCAACACGGCAAUGCCGAAUUGCACCGUUGUCGAUUGUUGUCCCCAUCGCCCCCAACGACAGCAAAACCUCCUCCUCCUCCAACGAUAAUGACGAUGUUGGUGAAGCUCAUGGUGUGCUGCUCUUGCGUUGAAAUGGACAAGUUUGCCUACUCCUCAUCCUUCUCAGCCAUGCCAAAAAAGGUCAACCACAUUUUUAGUAAUUUCCUUUUUCCCAACGCGACGUGACUUGAACUCUUUUUGAGUUAUUUUGCCAGUCAGUCAUCAUCACAAGUUUGACAAAACGAAUCAUCCACCCCCCCGUAAAAAAAAGUAGUACUGCGGACGUUCGUAUGUACGUGUACUACAACAUGCCACACCAUCACUAUUAUGAACGAGAACAAUGCUCAAAUUAUUCUGAGAACGAAAUACGUAAAGACCGUGUAUUAGAAAUAAAUGAAAAGACAAAUCAA